AGUCUUGCACAGGUGCACCAGCUCCUCCCCUUCAGUCUCGCACAGGUGUACCGGCUCCUUCCCUCCAGUCUUACACAGGUGUACCAGCUCCUCUCCUUCAGUCUUGCACAGGUGUACUGGCUCCUCCCCUUCAGUCUCGCACAGGUGUACCGGCUCCUCCCCAAAAGUCUUGCACAGGUGUACCAGCUCCUCCCCUUCAGUCUUGCACAGGUGUACCGGCUCCUCCCCUUCAGUCUUGCACAGGUGUACCGGCUCCUCCCCUUCAGUCUUGCACAGGUGUACCGGCUCCUCCCCUUCAGUCUUGCACAGGUGUACCGGCUCCUCCCCUUCAGUCUUAUACAGGUGUAUCGGCUCCUCCCCUUCAGUCUUUGCACAGGUGUACCGGCUCCUCCCCUUCAGUCUUGCACAGGUGUACCGGCUCCUCCCCUUCAGUCUUGCACAGGUGUAUCGGCUCCUCCCCUUCAGUCUUGCACAGGUGUAGCGGCUCCUCCCCUUCAGUCUUGCACAGGUGUACUGGCUCCUCCCCUUCAGUCUUGCACAGGUGUACCGCUCCUCCCCUUCAGUCUUGCACAGUUGUAC